AGGCGGAGCCGUACUUAAACAGAGGCGGAGCAAAUAAAGUGAGUGACACUCUCUCGGUCGUUACCUCUCUCAACCGUUAAGUUUUAGAACGAUCGCCGAAAACGAAAGUGCAAAGGUAAACGUCGAGUUCGGCUUAGGCUACAUUUACAAUUGACAUGCUGUUUUCCGAAGUGCAAUAAAUAUGGCUACAUCAGUAACAAAAGAUGAGACAAUUUGUAAAAGAGUUCUAAAUAGAAGUGUCAGGAGACUUAUAGAAGAUCUUGAUGUUAUUACAGUAUUGGAUUACUCCAUAGAGAAAGAAUUUCUUUCGGCAGUAGAAUGUCGUGAUAUCAAGGAUGAGAAAGUUACUUCAGAUAAGAUACGAAAAGUCAUAGAAAAGGUUAAAGAAAAAGGUGUUAAGGGGUAUGAACAAUUUAAGCAUCUCUUGGAGCUGGCGCGUCAAGAACAUUUGGUGAAAUAUUUGACAAAUCAGGAAUCUGUCAUACAGAAGGAACUUCAGGAUGAGACAGCCAAACAAGAGAGAAUCAAGAAACAAAUUGGUUCUUUUUCAGCUGCUCUAGGGAGAAGAGCCGCCACAAAUGAGGACUUAAAUUACAUUUCACAGUGUAUUGGUUCAAACUGGGAAAUACUAGGACCACCUCUUCUCAAGAAUAAAUCAACGGUUACAAUAGAACAUAUAAAGGAGGAUCACAGAUCAUGUCAACAACGUGUGUAUAAAUUACUUCUAAUGUGGCGCCAACAGACUGAUGACCAGUCACUGGCUCAUUUGUUUCAUUUGAUGUAUAAAGCGGGUACAUCUGUCACUAUUGAUUGGAAUGAAAUUGCACACAAACUCAAGAUUGAAAGAAGGGAUAUUCAUGCAUGUAAAGAAUAUCAACACCAAGUACAAGAAACAAAGCAGCAGCAAGAUUCAGGUCAAGAAUAUCAAAGGCAAGUACAUGCACAAGAAACAAAGCAGCAGGAAGAUUCAGAUUCAAAAAAGUCUCCAAAAGAUUCUUGUAUAUUUGAUGGUCGAUUGAUACUUCUUGAUAGCAACCAGAUAAAUGCUUUGGAAGCUUCAUUAGAUAAAAAGCCGAUAGGACAAGGUGGAAUUGGUAUAGUGUAUCGUUGCAACAGUCCGGAUAUAUUUGGCAUUCCUGUGGCUGUGAAGAAGAUUAAUACAAAGGGUGAUUUGAAAAUUGAAAAUCAAGUCAGAAGGGAGAAAAUUGCGUGUAGACUGAUGAAUCCAUUUAUACUCCCUCUCCUAGCUGUUGUUGAGAAGUCAAAUGAUGAAUGUUGGUUUAUAUCUCCUUAUUGCGAAAACGGUGACCUCCAUGCUGCUAUUAAAAGUGGUAAAGAUAAAAAGAACAAUACAAGCGAUAUAAACAUAAAUAACCAAGCUACAAGAGUAAAGAUUUUGCUGCAGAUUGCGCUAGCGAUUCAGUAUAUUCACACUGAAGUGACAAACGUCAGAGGUCCAAUUCUUCAUAAAGACAUUGCAUCUCAGAAUGUUGUCCUGGAUAAAUAUCUAAAUGCACGCCUUAUUGAUUUUGGACUAGCCCGAGAAAAACAGGACGCAUCAACAACCUCCGGAGGAAGAAAAUAUUAUGAGCAUCCUGACGUUGGUGAUGGUAAAGGUGCCAAAGAAUGCUAUGAUUAUUAUAGCUUUGGAGUCAUUAUUCGAGAAAUGUUAACUAGCCUUGGACCUGAAGGGGAGGAUAAUCAUUUCUUGAAGAAAAUGGACAAAGAUCGGAUUGGAAAAAAUCUAGACACAGAUGUAUGGAAAUUUAAGGAAAUAGUGGAAAAACUAAAUGAAUUGUCCUUUAAAUGUUUGGAGGAAAAAACAUGGACUAUUAAAAACUUCAAAACAGAUGUGGUAGAUCCAUUACGAGAAAUAAUGAAAUCUGAUUUGGAUCGGGAGAUAUUUGAAAAUGAUGAGGAGGAAAGUACAUGUCAUCAAUGUAUCAUCAAUCCUAUCGCUAAAUAUUCUUCGUUGACUAAAGAUAAUGACAACUGCAGUAAAAAGAUAAGAGUAUGUAUGGCUUGCGAGAAAAAUUGUUUUCUCAACCCAGUAACCUGUUAUUGCGGUGCAAAGCUGACAUCCAUGAUAGGAAGUAAAUGGGGAGCAUUACUUGUUGCUGGUGAUGAUGAAAGUCAGGAGAGGGCAGAUGCCAUGAAAAAUGAAAUACUAGAAUUAGAGAGAAUUGUAACAUCUCUUGCUCCACGCAUUAUUGGUAUAAGUAAGCAUAAAGUGAAAACAGUUGUGCCGGAUGAUUCAAAAAUGGAGCCCGAUACGGAAGAAUCUCCGACAUGGACAGAAAUUAAAAAGCAUAUAGAGAGCUUCAGUAAAGAUGAGGAUAUUGAUACAUUAUUGAUAUACUUCUCGUGUCAUGGUGGACGCUCUGUCGGGGGAAAUAUGUUUGAGCUUGGAAAAAAAUCAGAAUAUGUAUCAUUGGAUGAUUUUCAAAAGGAGCUACAAAAAUUGCAUAAAAUUGACCGACUUAUUCUUUUCCUCGAUCGAUGUUAUCCUCCAAAGGUUACAUUGACAAAUGAGAAAUUUGUUCAGAUAAACGCAUGUAGCAAGGAUUUAAAAGCGGUUCUAAACGAAGAAGGCAGCUUGUUUACAAAGUAUGUCAUUCAAGCAUUGAAAGCUAGAUCAGAAGAGAGAGAAUGUUCCAAGGACUGCAAGCAUUGUUAUUCAUAUUGGAACUCGAGAACAGAAUACGUCUCUAUUUAUAGCUUAUAUAAUUACGUUGACAAACACUUAGAGCUAAAGGCACAUAGACCAGACUGGAAAUUGGAAAGCUUUCGGGAUAACAUUGCUUUCUUUACAGACGAGGUAGUAAAGAUAGAAUUUAAAAAAGAUGGUUGUAAACCUAUCCAUCUAUCUCUUGGAUAUCUUAAAAGUAUGGACGAGGUCAAACAAAAGAUUUUUUUGGCUUUUAAAGUUGAUAGAAAUACGCACGAAGUCAAAAUACGAAAAGACACGUUCCGGAAUGAUCAACAAGCAGACGAUGAAUGCACAACCUUAGAACAGGUCAUGGAUGCCUGGGUACAAAGGUUUCCACUUUCGGUUACCUUUCAUAAGAAAGAAGGGACAUAGAGAAACUAUGUCAAAGACGAUUGAAUGGGAAGAAUUAUUGAAAAGUAAUUAUGAAUUGAAGUCUAUGAAUGAAUCCGUUAAACAGGAUGUAGUUUACAAUAUAAUUGUUACCUUUAUGUUUACUUAUAUUAAGAUAUAGAAGUUAUUAUAUACAUAGAAAUCCCCUUAUUGAGCACUAAUGUUCUAUAUAAUCCAACCUUAUAAUAUUUAAACCACUUCAUUCUAGAUACAAAGCGACUGUCAUAACCCAUAUGAUGAUCAAAAGCAUAAAUUAUCCCUUAUGUUUUAGGUAACUAAUAAUCUUACUAUAUGAAAAGAUAUUGGUACUUUCAGUAACACAAAGAUAAAUGUCAAUUUGAGCAAGUUUUUCAAUGUACAAUUCACUCAUGCUUAAGUGAUUUGGAUAUUAAAAUACAAGUUACAUCAAUUUAUGGCAUAAAAAUCUAAGCAAUUUGUUUUGUAUGUAGAAAAGAAAUUUUAUCAUUUGUAAAUAAUAAAUUGUUUUCUUUUUUCUUUUUUUAAAAAUAGUGUGGUGGUUUGUCACUUUUAAUUACUUUUCCUGUCUCUUUUACAAAUUAUUUUAAUAUGAAGAUUUUUUCACAAUUUACAGUCUGAUGCCACAUUAUCUAUGUAGAGUGAAAUGCAUCUUCUGUUUUCAGUUUUCUGUAAAAUUUACUGUUGCAAAUGUUGUUAUUCAAGAAUACUUUUUAGCUCACCAGAGCCGAAGGCUCAGGGUGAGCUUUUAGUAUCAAAGGGGGAUGCUCCGUCGUCCGUCGUCAUGCGUCAACAAUCGUCUUCUUCGCUGAAACUACUAUGCAGAUUUACUUCAAAUUUGGUCUGUACAUAGCAUCCUUGUGACAGUAACACUUGAAUUUGCUCAUGUCAUUCCAACUGGCCCCUUUUAGGGGUCAGCAGAGCUAAAAAUGGAAAAAAACCUUUAAACAUCUUCUUCUACAGAACUAAUGGAUGGAUGAUCACCAAACUUUGUUUGUAGCAUUCUUGGGUAGUCUUUUAUCAAGUUUGCUCAUAUUAAUUUGAUUGGCCCCUUUUAGGGGUCUCUAGGGCUAAAAAUAGAAAAAACCUUUAAACAUCUUCUUCUACAGAACAAAUGGAUGGAUGAUCACAAAACUUUAUCUGUAGCAUUCUUGCGUAGUCUUUUAUCAAGUUUGCUCAUAUAAAUUUGAUUGGCCCCUUAUAGGGGCCGCUAAAGCUAAAAUAGAAAAACCUUUAAACCUCUAUUUCUACAGAAGUGAUUAAUGUAUGAUCACCAAACUUUGUUUGUAGCAGUCUUAGGUUGUCUUUUAUCAAGCUUGCUAAUAUUAUUUUGAUUGGCCCCUUUUAGGGGUCUCUAGGGCUAAAAAUAGAAAAACUUUUAAACAUCUUCUUCUACAGAACUAAUUGAGGGAUUAUCACCAAACCUUGUCUCUAGCAUUCUUGGGUGGUGUUUAAUUAAGUUUGCUCAUAUUAAUUUGAUUGGCCCCUUUUAGGGGCCACUAAAGCUAAAAAAUAAAAAUACCGUUAAAUGUCUCUUCCUAGAGAACUAAUCGAUGGAUGAUCACCAAACUUUGUCUGUAGCAUUCUUAGGUAGUCUUUUUUCAAGUUUGCUAAUAUUAUUUUGAUUGGCCUCUUUUAGGGGUCUCUAGGGCUAAAAACGGAAAAACCUUUAAACAUCUUCUCCUACAGAACUAAUUGAUGGAUGAUCACCAAACUUUGUCCGUCGCAUUCUCGGGUAGUGUUUUAUCAAGUUUGCUCAUAUGAAUUUGAUUGGCCGCUUUAGGGGUCGCAAAAGCUAAAGAUAGAAAUACCUUUUAAUGUCUAUUUCUAGAGGACUAAUUGAUGGAUGAUCACCAAAAUUUGUCUGUAGCAUUCUUAGGUAGUCUUUUAUCAAGUUUGCUAAUAUUAUUUUGAUUGGCCCCUAAAAGCGCAAAAGCUGAAAAUAUAAAUACCUUUAAAUAUCUUUUUCUACAAAACUAAUAUUUAGAAGAUCACCAAACUUUGUCUGUAGCAUUCUUGGGUAGUGUUUAAUCAAGUUUGCUCAUAUUAAUUUAAUUAGCCCCUUUUAGGGGUCUCUAGGGCUAAAAUAGAAAACUGUUAAAUGUCUGUUUCUAGAGAACUAAUUGAUGGAUGAUCACAAAACUUUGUUUGUAGCAUUCUUGGGUAGUCUUUUAUCAAGUUUGCUCAUAUCAAUUUGAUUUGCCCCUUUUAGGGGCCGAUUAAGCUAAAAAUAGAAAUACCGUCCUUUAAAUGUCUUUUUUACAGAACUAAUUGAUGGAUGAUCACCAAACUUUGUCUGAAGCAUUGGGUAGUUUCUUAUCAAGUUUGCUCAUCUUAUUUUAAUUGGCCCCUUAAAGGGGCCGCUUGAAUUAAAUAUUCAUUAAAACAUUUUUUACUUCAGAACCAAUUGAUGGAUGAUCACCAAACUUUGUCUGUAGCAUUCUUGGGUGCUCUUUUAAGAAGUUUGCUUAUAUUAAUUUGAUUGGCCCCUUUUAGGGGCCACUAAAGCUAAAAAUAGAAAAAGCCUUCGAGCAUCAUUUCCUACUGAAAUAAUUGAAAGAUGAUUACCAAACUUUGUAGCAUUCUUAUGUAAUCUUUCAACAAGUUUGCUUAUAUUAAUUUGAUUAAGCACAGAAUAUUUCUUUUUUUAAAUAAAAAAAAAAAAAAAAAAAAAAAAACUACCAUUGAUUUAUCAUAAUAAUUUACAUGUGUUAUAUAAUAUAUGGCUCGUGAAUGCAGAGGGGUCAGAUUUCAAGAAUAUUUAGUGUAAAGGUGUGGGGCGUGGCCCUUUCCUCCUGUGGUGAUAGUAGUGAUGUCAUCCUGGGGGUCUGCAUGCGCUGUGGGGAGGUAUCUGACUCCCUCGGUACUGGACCUUGGUGUAGCAGUACUCAUGCUAUCCAGGUUCGUUAGGUUCAAUAUUCCUUUAGUCUGAUGUCGCUGUAUUCAUUCUUUUAUCAAUCGUUCAUAUAUUUUCUGUUGUAAAGUAUGACAACAAAACAAUGAAAAUCAUCAAUAUGCAUUUAAAGUAGCUUUUAAUAUUUAUUUAUGAGUUUAUGUUAAAAGGCACAUUAUUUCUUACACAUUUAUAUAUUGAAGACAAUUUUAAUGUAUGACAAUAAUAUUGUAAAGUGAGUUUUAAGGAUCUUUAAGUUAUAUUGUAUUAAUAUGUAAAAAUAAUUCCAUAAUUUAUACUUUUAAUUAGUUCAUGCAAAAUAUUUUUAAUGUUCAUAAUCCUGUUCAUUUAUAUUGUUUUAGACAUAUAUGAUUGAUGUAAAGCGCCUUUGAACAUUUUAAUGAAAAGGGCGCUAUAUAAAUGUGGUAUUUAUUAUUAUUAUUAUUAUUAUUAGCCCCGUUAAAGCUAAAGCUUAGAUGCCCCAGGUCAUUGCAAUUCUUAACAUUAUUUUUUAAACAUAUUCUAUGAUCAAAUUUAAUAUUAGAAUAUAUUGACAUUCCAACACUGAAAAGCAGUUGUUUCUGGUGAGUGACUCAGAGCCUCAUGGCCCUCUUGCCUUUUAACAUUUUGUGUGACAUCACUAUAAUUUUUACUAACUGAUUGUUCAUUUAAAUACAUUUUAAUAUUUUUUAGAUUAUUUAUUGCAUAGAGGAUAUCGAAUGAGUGUGGUUUAAUACUAAAUUUAUUGAACGAGUUGAAUAAAAUCACAUUAUGCGAGCCUCUUACGAGCAUAAUAUUGUUUUAUUCAACGAGUUCAAUAAAUUUAGUAUUGAAUCUACACGAAUAUUAUAUUCUAUUUAUCACAUAUUUAAAACAAGAACAGUAAAUUGUUAAAAUCAGUAAUUUUUCAAUGACGCGCCCAUAGUGUAACGCUAACAUUAGCGCACUUUAACGCUAUGUUUCUAUAUAGCGCAAAUGACGUCACGUCAUAGUGUUAAUACACUAGUGAAAUAUCGUUUUUAUUAAAUGGCUUUAUUACACUCCUUCGCCGCGGUUUAUGUGAUUAAUCUUUUUAACGUGUGAUCUGUUAUUCUUACCUUAAUGAAUUUCUACAAAAAACAUCAUAGACUUGAGGGUUAUCUUUACAUUUUGUUAUAAACUUUAUGUAUAAUUUACAUUUAGAAACAUUUGUAACAAAGUUUUGAUAUUAUGGAGCUUUUUUAUAUGCCCAAAAACAUUUGCUGUAAAUAUAUAUUUUUGUUUGUCGUCUGUUAGCACUUACACGCCCAGUCUGUAUCUUUUGAGCCAAUAUUACUGAUGAGGACUUUGCUACCUCGGGUCAAUGUCAAUGUCACACUGACAUAUAAGUUUAUUUAUAACAAAGGGAGAUUACAGUGUAUGCAUUUGUUAAUAUGUUCCCUUUCUCUGUAUAUAAACAUGUUUUCUCCCUAUAUUAUCAAAAAUAUAUUUCUUUAUUAAGAUAUUGGCAAUUAGAAUUCUAACAACGUUCUAUUAUUUUGUAUGGAAGUCAAAAAUACUACUUGGUUCACAUAUUUUUACUUUUAAGGGUACACUGUUGGUUAGAAAAACAUCUUACAUGCUCUAAAACCAUUAUGUAACGAUGUAAAAGUCAUAGUUACACUUUGAAAGAUUAAGUAACACAGAGAAACUGAGUCAUUCAAUAAAGAUGACACCCAGGUUUAAGUAUAACCUUCCAAAAGUUAUAAUGAUAUUUGUGUAAGAUCAAUGUUUAUACGUCAUGGGUGAUGAGAGAUAUUCCUACAAAAUAGUAAUGUUUUUUAAAGCGUAUUUCCUUCUCGCUAUCUAUGUGCACACAUGUUUGAGUUGUUAUUUAUGUUUAUUGGUUUGUUUUUGCCAUUCCUUUUGUAUUUAUAUAUCUUAGUAUAUAAGCAUCAUAUUGUCAGAUUUAUGAAAGAAUAAGUGUACAAAUGUACAAUAUAAAGGAUAUCUUUAUACGCUGAAAGUUGUAUUUGUCAUUCAUAUGAAUUUAUAUGAUUAUUGUCAAUGAUUGACCGCACGUAAAUGUAAACAUUUAUAAGUAAAUAUUGAAGUGUCAAUUGUAUUAUCUGUGCAAAUGAGUGCACUUGAGUUUGUACACUUUACAAGAUAGAAAUAUAAAUCAGCUCACGAUAUUUUUUGAGGAUUUUGUUCUACAUUACACUUAUGCUUUUGUUAUUCGUGUCAACUUAUUCAAAGUAUGAGUGUAUGCACAAUAACUUUUGAUAGUUGUAUCCCACUAUUUGCUCGUAUGUCAGAUAAGUUUGUUGUGUUUUCAUGAUUUAUGUAAUGUUUAAGUGUAUAAUAACUCACGUUUUGAGUUUAAAAGUAAAGUGUUAAGUAACUAACAUUUUCAGUUUAAAAGGAUGUUUUUACUUUAUUUUUAAGCAAUUUCUUGAACUUUGUCGUCGAGAAUUAAUUAUAUGAUUCCAGCCAUUUAUGUAACAAAUCAUAGCGAGCUAAAAUAUACAAUAGAAAUGAUUGUCCUAACAAUUUAAGCAAUUGCUUUGUUAUAGAAAAUUAAUUGUUUUUAUGUAAGAAAUGUUAGACUGAUGUGUCUAAAUUGAUUAAAUUUAUGCUAGAUGAUUCAUGAAGGCACAUGUAUAUCCUUUGACUAGAAUAAAUUGACUAUGAAAGAAACAAACAAAAACAACAGAGGAAAGUUACAAACAUUAUACUCUGGUUAACAUUUACUUUUUCUUGGUGAAGGUAUUCAAAAUAUUUAAUUUGAAUAUGCUUUUAUGCCCCAGGCAUAUUGUAAUUGAACCAUCCGUCUUUCCGUACAAGGUUAACUUAAACCUUAACCGGAUUUAAGUUCUUUCUGUACCAAUGGUUUCAUAAUAGUAACUUAUUCUAAUCAAUACAUAGUACAUGAUCACAGCAAGUAUCCAUUUAGUUAAUGCCCUUUUUAGGACAUGGAUAUUGUUACCCUAAAGUGACAAAUUGGAUAUAUCUUAAGUUCUAUUUGUACUAAAUAUAAUUUACACACUUGCUUAUCAAGUCCACAGAACUCUGUUUAAAUGGAGAGGAAGCUAUGACGUCAUACAUCUUUAAACAUGUCAUCAGCGCUUAUCUUUCAUACAACAUAACAUUUUCGUGCAAUUGUCCGAGCCCAUGUUUUAGACAAGAUAUGUAUGCUGUGAUAUAAUCUAAAAUUUGUUUACAUUAUCAGAAGUGAUCAAAAAAGUUGCAAAAUGUAAAUGAAGCUUUAAGGUCAAGAAAAUUUAAGAUGUUUAUAAUUCUCGGUAAUGGGUGAAAAUGAAACACAUUCAGUUACGUAAAAUCAGAUUUCGGAAUAGUUCAACUCCAAGGGUCAAUAAAUCUCAUGCAAGGGAUUGUGGAUCUGGAAAAGAAAUUGUCCUUCUAGAGUUUCUUAUCCCUAUGUAAAAAGUCUCUUUCAAAUUAAAAACAUGAUAUUGGUAAGUUAUAUAGCUGCGCCAACUAUUUUUCCAGUUAUUUCCUUUGUAUUCACUUUGAAAAUAGGGCAUGAUACAGUUAACCUAUUUCAGCAAGUUGCAUUCAUCUUAACUUUCUCCUUACAACUUAUUAUUAAUGAUAUAUUUCAUAUUUGGCAGAUGAAUACCUUUAAUGGGUCAUGGUCCGCGGUGCUAAAAUAGAUUUUUACACUUUUGUCCAUAAAGCCUUCAUUUAUUGACAGAUGUCUUUCAUAUUUACUAGGAAGAUAAUUUGUAUGGUCUUUUCCUUUGGACUGAAUUAGGGAUUAGUAGGGUCAGAAAUAGAAUUAUAUACAUUUGUUUAUAGUGCUUUUAUUAUUGAUGAUGUUUUUCAUAUUUGGAAGGAACAUGUGUUUGAUGAUCGAGUGUUAGAAAUCACAGGGUCAAGUCACCUGUGCUAACAGAUAUUCUUGGUUUUUUUUUUACCAAUGUCUCAUAUUUAUAAGGAACAUACCUUAGGCGGUCCUUUAAUUUGGGUGGAUUUUGUAGUCACGGGGUCAAACGUCAAAGUCUUGCAUUUAUUUAAAAUUGAUAAAUCUUAAUUGGGGAGUUGAAUGUUUUCAACAUCAUCAUGAUUUGAUUGUCUCAUUUUACGCCUUUUUCAACAGUAUUUCAGUCAUAUAGGCGGGUAGUUUCCUAACCAUCGUUCCUGGAGAGUUACACCAGUACUAGACAACCUUCCUCCGCGCUAAACUACCAAAGCAUCUCCCGGGGAUCGAACCCACGCCAGAGCGGUACCUGGAUUAGAAGUCAUCGACUCUAACCCCUCGACCACGGAGGCGGUUUUCAACAUCAUCCAAAAAUAAUAACCAUGACCUGCCAAUUAAUAUUUUACACAAUAGCAAAAGGUCCUGACUUUGUCAAGUUAUAUAACUAUGUUUACAAUGUUUAGCAUUUUUUGUCUAUAACUGAGUAAAAACCUUUGACUUAAACUUUUUGAAAAUGUGUUUCUGUCGAGCAUAUGGGCGGGGGCAUAUGUAUUUACGCAAUACAUUCUUGUUUAAUAUGAAAUGUAUGAUCAAACUUUGUAUUAUGCAUAUAAGAAAACAGUGCCUUUUGACUGUAUAAUAUGAUUACAUUUUAUAAUACAUUAUUAUACCCAUACUUAAAGUUUGCUAUAAAUGUGAAAUCGGUUUGUCUGGCUGUAUUAAUACUAUGUUUUGUAUAUCCAGAUUUCUGACUUUGUAUAAUAAAAUAUUUUCAUUAUA